AUGACGAUUAGAGGUGUUGGUAUUUUGAUGGGCAUGGCUGCUUUGGGAGGCGUUAUUUGGUGCCUAUUCGACCGACAUUGGCGAGUUUCCGUCAAUUACAACACACCAGGAAACGCCAUGCCUACAGUGAGCUAUCACGAAGGACUUUGGCAUCGCUGCUCAAAUUCCUACAACCUCGGUGGCCAGUCAAACUGCGCCAAAAUGAUGGAAGCAAUCAAUCACCUGCCGAGCGAGUUGAUUUUCCAGCGCGGUUUCGCCGUUUUUGCCGCCAUUGCUGGAGGAGUUGGUGUUCUUUUCGGAAUGGCUUCGGCGCAGAGAAUCAAUUUUGCUGCAAAGCAAAAGGACAAGAACUGCUGUGCCACCUUGGCCGGGGUUUGCUACUGUAUUAUGGCGAUUUGCAUCAUUGCCGCUGCUUCUUGGUCGGCUUCGCAUACGUUGAAAGAUAGCAAGUGGGACUAUGGCAUCAUCAAUCAAGCAGGAUACAAUAUUAUCUACACGAUCGGAGCGGAUAUCUACAUCGGUUGGGUUACUGGAUGUGUGGCAUUGAUCGCCGGGUGUAUCAUGAUCUUCACAAGCUGCAAAAAUGACGAAUACGAGGACGAUUUGGACUACAACACGACUCAAUACGCCCCACCAAAUACCUACAAUACUUCUGGGAACAAAGAGUACUGCUAG